AUGGCUGGAAAUUGCCCCAACGUUCUGGCUCAGGGAACCUGCUCUGACUCUAAUUGCAAGUUCAGUCAUACCAUCACCACCUGCGAAACUUGUAAUCUCGUCUUUGAGGACAGCGACGCCUACGAAAUCCAUCUCUCCGACAAAAAACAUCAAAGCAGGGUAUCGGGCUCUUCUGUUGUGUCUCACUGCAUUAUAUGUGUUGCAAACAUCACAGGUGGUGAAAAGGGGUGGCAAGUUCACAUUACAGGAAAACGUCACGCAACUCAAGCCAUCACAAAGGGACUUUCCCCCUCUAUCGAACCACAGGCGGCCAUUACAACUGCAAAGAACACGUUCUGCGACUUGUGCCAAGCCAUGGUCUACAACGCUCACUGGAACGCGCAUAUAAGGAAAGAACAACAUACAUCACGGGAGUCCUUUAUGAGGUAUAGAAGUGCCCUCGAAGAUGCGGAAGCCGAUAAGAAUGAUGUGAUAGUCGAAGGUAGCUUUGACUUUGACUUCGUGGACCCCACUGCAGCUGCUGCUGGGGUUCAUCUGUACGCGAACGUCAAAACGACCGUAAUACAUGGCAGAUGCGAAUUGUACGAACUGAGGCUUGCAUCCACUCAAGGAACACGGACCAUCAUUCCUUCUUUCUCUGCAGAGAUUCGAGGCACCUCACGAAGUGUUACAACGCAGACCGCCUUGACUGUUGUAGUCACCCUUCGCCAAGGUUAUAUUGGACGGUACGAGGACCGCUUGGAGUUUGUGUUCCGGGAUACGAGGCUCAGAAAAUAUUUCAUCAUUUCGCGAACCCUGAAAGCAAUAGUUGGGUACAAAGAAGAUCACGAAACAUUGCGACCAUCAGCACCAUAUAUCCCGCGCACGCGGUCGGCCUACAAGCCCAUCUCAAAUGUCGUCGAGGGUGUGAAGCCUCCAGCACUUAGUGCUGUCAAAUAUGUUGUGCGCCUCCCCCGAGCAGAAAUACCUCACCAAUUGCAAAUUAUGCUAUCCGGCUCCGAAUCGACUCACCGGCUGAUGAACAACAUCAAAAAAAUUUUCAUGCCGUCUUCCUUGAAUAGUGACACGUACGGCAGACACUUCAAGAACCUAUUGUGGGUUGAGGAGUAUAAAAUGGAGCAGGACUUAGAGAGAUAUGACAUUCCAAACGCGUCGUUGGCUAAGUAUAAUACCUACUAUUACUUGCGAGUUCCCGGAUUGGCAGAAAAGCGCCCCAGUGUUUUAGUCGGCGACCUGAUUUUAGUUCAGGAACGAGGCUCAAGAGACGGUCGUUGGUUUGAAGGCCAUGUACACAUCGUUCGUCAAGAAGAAGUGGGAUUGCGAUUCCACGGUUCUUUCACACAGUAUCCUGAAGGGAAAUUAUUCCAUGUCAGGUUUAAAUUAAAUCGCAUUCCUACUCGUCGACAACACCAGGCAAUGGACAGUGUUUUUACAGAAGACCGUGUUCUAUUCCCUCGAGUUACUCACAUCACCCCUGGCCCUGCUCGCCGGCCCGCAAGUCUGGGCAUGAAAUUGUUCAAUCCUUUGAUCAACACUAAUCCGCCUCAGCUUCAAGCUGUCGCUUCAAUUGUUUCUAUGCGUCGUGGUUCUCCUCCAUUUGUUGUAUUCGGCCCACCUGGGACCGGCAAGACAAUUACCAUCAUCGAGGCUAUUAUGCAGCUUUUGGAGGCUGACCCUGAGGCAAAAAUCCUUGCCUGUGCCCCCAGUAAUUCUGCGGCAGACCUUAUUGCGUCUCGUCUUCAGGAACGUAGGCUAAAGGACACCCAACUUUUCCGAUUCUAUGCUGCUUCACGCUUCAAAAACCAAGUACCUGAUGCAUUGCUUCCCUAUACGGCUAUGUCAAAUGGUCAUUUCACCGUACCGUCCAUGCAGAGAAUGCGCAGCUUUCGUGUUGUGGUGUCAACUUGCGUUUCUGCUUCGUUUUCCGCCGGCAUUGGCAUGGCUCGUGGCCAUUUCACGCAUAUAUUCAUCGACGAAGCUGGUCAGGCAAUGGAACCUGAGGCAUUUGUCUCCAUCAAGACAAUGGCUGAUAGUAAUACCAACAUAGUUCUUUCAGGCGAUCCAAAACAACUCGGUCCCAUAGUGCGUUCCUCUAUUGCCAGAGCACUUGGAUUGGAGAAAAGCUAUCUAGAGCGAUUGAUGGAUAGUGAGCCUUACGACUUAAAAAACUCGUACGGAAAAAGUGUUGUCAAGCUCGUCAAGAAUUUCAGAUCGCAUGACGCAAUAUUGAAGUUCCCCAAUCAAACCUUCUAUGAAAAUGAAUUGCAGGCAUGUGCCGAAGCGUCGGUCAUUAACACCUACACGGAUUCGCAAUAUCUUCCUUCCAAGAAAUUUCCGGUUGUUUUCCACUCGGUGGCCGGAAAGGAUGACAGGGAGUCAUCUUCCCCGUCAUUUUUCAACAUUGACGAAAUUACCCAAGUUAAAAGCUACGUGCAAAAGCUCAAGUCUGACCGAGCGUUCCGCACCGCUGAUAAAGACAUUGGUAUCAUUGCUCCUUAUCACGCACAAUGCGUGAAAUUAAGGGCAGCUUUGCGAAGUGUCGCAGAUGAUAUCAAGAUAGGGUCGGUUGAAGAGUUCCAAGGACAGGAACGCAAGGUUGUCAUAAUUUCGACCGUUAGAAGCAGCAAAGAGUUCGUGGAAUACGAUUUAAAGCACACUCUCGGGUUUGUGGCCAAUCCCCGACGAUUCAAUGUCGCGAUAACAAGGGCACAAGCUCUACUUAUCAUUAUCGGUGAUCCACAGGUCCUAUCUCUCGACCCACUCUGGAGGUCAUUCCUAAACUACAUAUAUUUGAACGGCGGAUGGAUUGGUCCAGACAUUCCAUGGGACCCUAACACCGCCGUCGAUGAGGCUGGUGGAUACGACAAAGCUAUUCGCCAGAAUGCGAGUAUAGAUAUGGAUGCAUUUGCAAGGCGUAUUGAAGGCCUAGCGUUGGCUGAAGUUGAUGAGGAUUUAGAUGCAAAUGUGGAUAGACCGUGGCGCGACGUUGAGUAG